AUGGAUACUUGGAACGAUAAAAAAGACUCGAUGGAUCCGAAUGAUGGCAACAAGUAUGAGCUUAGAUCACAAAGUGAUCAUAUUCGUAAGUUGCUAAAGAUGUGCUGCCGAGAUACUUUGGCAAACGAUGUUGAUGAUCUAGAUGACACUGACUCGGAUGAUGUCGACUCUGAUGUAUCCAAAAAUGAAUACGAUGACGGAAAUUGUUCUGAUGAGGAUUAUUGUGAAGAAGAGGAAGAUAAAGAAGAUGAAGGCUUUUGUGAAAUAUUGUAUGUAGACAAAGAAGAUAGUGAAGGCGAUGAUGAGGAUGACACAGAUGAUACUGAAGACGACGAAUAUGAUUCUGAAACAAGUGAAGAUGCUGAGACUGAAGAAGAAGAGUAUAAGAAGCAAGUUUCGUCUCCAAAAGGGAACGAAACACGAGAGUACUCUAUGUACCAUAGAAUUUCCUUUGACCUUCGUGACUCCAGUGGUAUGCUUUUGCGGUGUGAGUUAACCGGAAUAGCGGCUGACGAUUUCUAUAAGACUUACAAAGAUUCUAUAGGUGAAAGCCUUAUAUGUGUUAUUCGAUGGGGUGAUGAAGCAAUCGACAUCGUUAAGAAGGUGUUUCAGAAAUCUAGAGAUGAGUCACAGAAGGAAACGUCGAAACGAUUCACCGCGAUUAUCGAUAUGGUGAAAGAGCACAUGAAGAAGAAAGAAGAAUCGACGGAACUCACCUGUCAACUUGAAACCGUCGAUGCUCAACUGACGCUAAUGAAUGAUAUUUUGGAAGGACGCAUCGAUUUGAUUGAAGAGUGUAAGAGGCUGGAAGACGUUAGGGAUAUUCUUGAGAAAGAUGUAAAAGAUUGUGUUGUGCCUGAAAUUCAUUGGGAUAAACUUCGUAUUCCAUUUAAUGGUUAA